UGUUGUCGACCUCUUCGCACGCUCGUACGGUAUCGGACUCGGUUGAUCCGAUCGCGUCCUUCAAACAGUCAGUGAAAUGAAGUUCAUGAAACUUUCAAACUGCUAUAAAAGUUGUAAAAAACGGUCAAAUAUGGAAUGUCAUAUGUUGUAGGUAAUAAAUUAUGUUAGUAUUGUCGAAAACAGUUUAAAACAAUAGAAAUUCCGUGUAACAUUACUUAUAAAUGGCACACAAAAGUUGAGUGAACCUGUGAGUAAUCUGGUACCUUGUUCUCAUACCUUGUACAGUGGUUUCGCGUCGAACAAAUCCUACAGGUGUUAUGUGAAUGUUGUGGCUGCCGUGGUCCUAGCAACCAGUUCAAAAUGGAUUGUAGUUGGUUCUUUAACGUAAACCAGUGAAAUCUGUAAUGUAAACGGUGGUAACGAAGAACACUAAAUAACGUGUCAUGGAAGAAUUGGAACGGUUGUUCAAGAUGUGUGCUUCGAAAGUUUGGGGAAGCUUGGUGAUAUUCAUCAUGAUCUCCACGUGCAAUCUCACAGCAUCUGUGGACAAUAUAGUACAAAUGCAACCACCGAGAUUUAGUAUGCAGCCAUCUUCAUCAAAUAGCAUAGUCAGAGAAGGAACGACAAAGAUACUACAAUGUUCUGCAAAAGGUAUACCUCAACCCAUGUAUAGAUGGUUGAAGAAUGGAGUACCUCUCGGUGACUUCUCUUCAGAGUUAUUCUACAAAAUUCAUAACACGCAGCGGCUAGACGCAGGGGCGUACCAGUGUAUAGCCAAGAACGACGUCGGUGCAAUUUUCAGUGAAAAGAACAACAUUGUAGUAGCCUACAUGGGUCUGUUUGAGAACACCAUGGAGACGGUAGUGACGGUGGAGUCGGGGAGGGCUGCAAUCCUGGAGUUCCCUCACAUCGAGUCCGAACCAGCACCUACCGUUACAUGGCAGGAUGAAAACGGACAUCUUCGCUACGAUCAGAAAUACGCUGUCACAGACAAACACCACCUCGUCAUCCUAUGUGCGUCGCGUGAGGAUGACCGCGCUUACAGAGUAAGAGCCAUUAACAGCCAACUAGGUAAAGUUGAAAACAGUCCAUACAUCAAACUAAACGUUUACGGCGACGACGACAAAGAAAUCCCACCGGAAAUCAUAAUAAAGCCGCAAGACACAAAAAUAAUAAAAGGUCAAGAAUAUACGAACUUGUAUUGUGUGGCUAAUGCGAGGCCACUACACGAAUUGGAAACAUUGUGGUUCAAAGAUGGGAUAAUGAUUGAGCUGGCUGGAAUCAAUUACGAUUUGACAGAUCAGUGGAAUAGAACAUUGAGCCUUAUAUCGGCUAAUUUGACUCACACGGGCCAAUACACGUGCCAAGCGAGAUUGAAGACUGGAGGGUUCGCGACGGUGACCGCGUCGGCUUCUGUUACUGUGUUUGAAAAGCCAAUAUAUCUCUCUAAUUUGAAGUCUGAAACGUUCGGAGAAUUCGGUAGCAGUGUAGUUUUAGAGUGCAAUGUCCAAGGCAUACCAUUGCCUGGGAUAACCUGGUAUAAAGAUGCGAGGAAGAUAGCUAGUGUGGGCGCCGAUGCCGGUGAACCUGAUAGCAUAGACGUCGACGACGGAGCCGGCCGGUACAGGGUCGAGGUGGACCGCUCGCUGCUCAUCAAAGACCUAAAAAUGGAAGACAUGGGCAUAUACCAAUGCAUCGCAACCAACGAAGCAGGAGAGUCGUCUAUUUACACAUGGUUACGAAUUAAAACGUCUCCGCCGGUAAUGCAGACCCCGCCGGCCAACCUGACCGUGCUAGACGGCAAGGACGCCACCAUCGCCUGCCGCGCCGUCGGAGCCCCCACCCCUAACGUCACCUGGUACUUCAACGAUUCCCUCAUAAUAAAUUUGUCGGCGAGGUUGCAAGCUUUGGAUGAAGGAGACCUCUUAAUCACCGGCACUACUACUGCGGAUAGCGGGAAAUAUACCUGUGUCCGCGCCAACGACGCGGGCAACGUUACGGGGGAGGCGUUCCUUACUGUACUCGUGAGAACACAAAUUAUUGCUCCACCAGUGGAUACGCGCGUAUUACUGGGUCACACGGCCACGUUACAGUGUAAAGUUUCCAAUGACCCGAACGUCAAAUACAACAUCGAUUGGUUCCACAAUAAACAGCCUAUGACAGCUGGUUCUCGAGUAUGGGUGACUGCUGAAGGGGCGUUGCAAGUGCAAGCUGUGCGAGCGAGUGACGCGGGCGAGUACACGUGUGUAGUGACGUCACCCGGCGGGAAUCACACAAGGAGCGCUGUGCUCUCUGUCAUCGAACUACCCUUCGCACCGACCAAUGUGCGCGCAGAGAGGUUGGAUGCGACCCCGCAGCGCGCUGUUAACGUGUCCUGGACACCCGGCUUUGACGGAAACUCGCCUAUUCAGAAGUUCAUCGUCCAAAGAAGAGUUGUGCCUGAAUUUGGCCCAAUACCAGACCCGCUUCUGAACUGGGUCACGGAGCCAAUGAAUGUAUCGGCGAACCAGCGCUGGGUGUUGCUAACCAGUUUGAAGGCAGCGACUUCUUAUCAGUUCCGGGUGUCAGCGGUGAACACAGUCGGGGAAGGCCCGGCUUCGGAUCCCACAGACGUACUUACUUUGCCGCAAGAAGCUCCGUCGGGCCCUCCGGUAGGGUUUAUGGCCUCGGCUCGUUCCUCCUCCGAAAUAAUUACCCAAUGGCAACCGCCUCUUGAGGAACACAGAAAUGGCCAUAUUCUCGGAUACGUCAUCAGAUAUCGGCUGAAGGGCUACGACAAUAGCCCGUGGACGUAUCAGAACAUCACCAAUGAAGCUCAAAGAAACUAUCUCAUUCAAGAUUUAAUCACCUGGAAGGAUUACAACGUCCAAAUCGCUUCGUACAACGAUAAAGGCGUAGGGGUGUUUUCGGAUAGUUAUACGAUAAAAACAAAGGAAGGUGUCCCUGAAGCAGCGCCCGACAGUGUCCGAUGUGAACCACACAACUCCACCUCCAUCACGGUGUGGUGGACGCCGCCGAACCCGCAGAAAAUAAACGGAAUCAAUCAGGGUUAUAAAAUUCAAGCGUGGCGUUGGGAUGAAAAUGAAGGCGAAAAUGUCGAGCAGAAAUUAGUUAGUGUGCCGCCCAACCUGCUGGAUCCACUUACUGAACAAUCGUCUAUUAUUAGUGGCCUGGAAAAGUUCACGGAGUAUAACAUAUCCGUUUUAUGCUUCACGGAACCCGGUGACGGUCCGCGCAGCGACUUCGUACUGGUCCGAACUAAAGAAGAUAUUCCAGACGAAAUAUCGAACCUACAGUUUGACGACAUAUCUGACCGUGCGGUUAGAGUAUCUUGGUCUCCGCCUAAGAAGUCUAACGGAGUGCUAAUCAGUUACAAGUUGACUUAUCAAAUCAAAGACAGCGAGGAUUCAGUAAAGGAAGAAGUAUUGCCGCCGAACGUUACGAGCAUCAAAGUCGAACAUUUACAGGCAAGUACCCACUACAUAUUCUGGCUUUGCGCUAUGACGACGGUGGGCGAGGGCCCGGCGAGGUCCGCUACCAUCCAGUCGGGGGUAGAACCAGUUCUCCCGGACGCCCCUAGGAACCUCGCAUUGUCCAACAUAGACGCCUUCUCCGUGCUACUGCAGUUCACGCCAGGCUUCGAUGGCAACUCUUCCAUAUCGCUGUGGACUGUACAGGCUCAAACCGCGCGGAACUCAUCAUGGGUGACAAUCUACGAAGUGAGCGCUCCGGACGCUCAAUCCAUCCAUGUGACUGGGCUGGUUCCCUUCACGACGUACCGGCUGCGGUUGGUAGCCACCAACGUGGUAGGGUCGUCGACGCCAUCCGAGCCGUGCAAAGAGUUCCAGACCAUUCAAGCGCCGCCGCAGCACCCGCCGAGGAACGUCACCGUCAGAGCUGUCAGUGCUACCAACUUGCGUGUGCGGUGGAUUCCUCUACAACAGAGCGAAUGGUACGGCAAUCCCAAAGGGUACAACAUAACGUAUGCGAGGAGUGGCACCAACGAGACCCAGUUCAGCAUUAUCGACGACCACACUGCCAAUUCGCACGUCCUAUCCAAUUUGGAAGAGUGGUCUCUCUACGAGAUACGAAUGACGGCUAUAAACGAAGUCGGCACUUCUGCAGAGAGUCCUACUGCUACCGAACGGACUAGAGAAGCUGUACCAUCACGCGGACCAGCGAAGGUAUCGGCGAACGCGACAUCCUCCACAACAGUAGUGGUCUCUUGGGGUGACAUUCCAGUGCAAGACCAGAACGGUCUAAUCGAGGGGUACAAAGUGUGCUACGCAGCCGUAGCCCCGCCGCCGCGGCCCGAACACAAGAAGGUGGAAUGCCAAGCCAUACCUUCCAACCAGACGCACACCAUCACACUGACUGAGUUGAGGAAAUACGUGGUCUAUCAGAUACAAGUUCUCGGUUACACUAGACUAGGAGACGGUACGCUGAGCGACCCUCCCAUCUCGGUUAGAACGUUUGAAGACACACCCGGCCCACCGUCCAACGUAUCGUUCCCGGACGUAACGUUCACGACAGCGCGGAUAAUAUGGGACGUCCCGGAAGAUCCCAACGGCGAGAUAUUGGCAUACAAAGUUACAUAUCACCUCAACAGUUCCAGUCAACACAUGUUUUCUAGAGAAUUCGAACCUAUUGAUAGGACUUUCAGGGCCACAGAGCUGGCGUCGGAGCGCUACUACCUGUUCUCGGUGACGGCGCAGACGCGGCUGGGCUGGGGCGCCACGGCGCGCGCGCUGGUGCUGAGCACCGUCAACCGCGCCGCGCCCGCGCCGCCCGCGCGCCCGCUCGUGCAGCGCUCGCUGCUGCAGCCGCACCACAUCACCUUCUCCUGGACGCCUGGCGACGACGGCUACGCGCCGCUCAGGUACUACACAGUACAGCAAAAGGAGGAUGGCGGUACGUGGCAGACUAUACCGGAGCGCGUGGACCCGUUCGCGACAUCUUACACCGUGGAGAACCUCAAGCCGUAUACCGCUUACCAGUUCCGCAUCCGAGCCACCAACGACAUCGGGCCGAGUCGAUACAGCAACGCCACUGAGACUGUCCGCACUUUGCCUGCAGCGCCAAGUAAAGCCGUGGAAGGACUCCACGUGGUACCUAUAACGCCGAGCAGCGUCCGCGUUCAAUGGACUCCUCUUGGAGACCAAUACUGGAGUGGAGACACCCGCACUGGAGGCUACAGAGUCUUCUACCAGCCGCUCGCUGACUUCCCCACGCCGCUACAGCAGAAUAUGAAGCAGGAAGUGCCGGGCAUAAAGAGCGAAGAAGUAGUGCUAACAGAUUUAGCACUGGACCGCAACUACGAGAUCGGCGUGUGCGCAGUGAACUCGCAGGGCGCGGGCCCGAGCGGCACGCCGGCCGUGGUGUGGGUGGGCGAGGCCGUGCCCACGGCGCCGCCGCGGGACGUGGCCGCUGAGCCGCUGUCGCCCACCGAGGUCACGCUCAAGUGGAAGCCGCCGCUACUCGCGCAGCAAAACGGAGAUUUGCUCGGAUACAAGAUAUUCUACCUGAUGACGGAGUCCCCUGAAGAGCCUGAGCCGGGGCGCCGCAACGAGGAAGAGAUAGAGGUCGUCCCCGCCACAGCUACGUCGCAUUCGCUCGUGUUUCUGGACAAGUUCACGCAGUACCGCAUCCAGAUGUUAGCAUUCAACCCGGCUGGCGACGGGCCGCGGUCGAGCCCGAUCCUGGUCCGCACGCACCAGGGCCUGCCGUCUGCGCCGCGCAAUAUCACCUUCACUGACAUCACCAUGAACAGCCUCGUCGUCGAGUGGGAGGCGCCGCACCGGCGCAACGGCCUCAUACAGUCCUACCUCGUCACCUACGAGACCAUAGAGCAAGAUGAACGUUUCAGCAAGCAAGUGAAGCAGAAGGUGACGGAGCGGCACCUAGCCGUGGGCGGGCUGGAGGAGGAGGUGGAGUACCGGUUCACGGUGCGCGGCGUGACGCUGGCGCCGGGCGGCGCGGCGGCGGCGCGCGUGCGCACGGGCCCGCAGGCCGGCUCGCCCAGCGCGCCGCGCGACCUGCGGCUCACGCCCGCGCCCGCCGCGCUGCAGCUGCGCUGGACCAACGCGCCCUCCGGCAAGGGGCCGCUGCUCGGGUACUACAUCGAAGCACGGAAAAAAGCCAAGGAAACAUGGCAAGCCUAUGACUCAAGAUGGGAGACGGUAACGCGAACCAGCAACGGAAUGCUCGAAGAGUUCACGAUAUCGUACCAGAGCCUGUUGCCUUCCACCACGUACUCACUCCGAGUGAUAGCGUACAACAAGUACGGCAUCAGCAACCCGACAUACAGCGACAAUACGAUCGUCACGCCUUCCAAGCUGUACCUAGAGUACGGAUUUUUGCAGUACCAGCCCUUCUACCGCCGCACCUGGUUCAUGGUGGCACUGGCCGCCGCCUCUAUCAUCAUCAUCAUAAUGGUCAUCGCGAUACUCUGCGUCAAGAGCAAGAGUUAUAAAUAUAAAAAAGAAGCACAGAAGACUCUCGAAGAGUCGCUAGCGGGAGAGACGGACGAACGCGGGUCGCUGGCCAUGGACCUGUACCGCUCGCGGCAGAACUCUGUGGCUAGCGCAGGCGCCCUGGGCGGCGGCGGCGGCGCGGCCACGCUGCGGCGCGGCAAGGCGGCGCCGGCACUCGGCAAGUCCCCGCCGCGGCCCUCGCCCGCCUCCGUCGCCUACCACAGCGACGAAGAGAGCCUGCGCGCCUACGACGAGAACCCCGACGACUCCUCCCUCACCGAGAAACCCUCCGAGAUGAGCUCCUCCGACUCACAGAAUUCCGAGAGUGAAAAUGAGAGUGUGCGGUCAGAGCCGCAUUCGUUUGUGAAUCACUACGCCAACGUGAAUGACACGCUGCGGCAGUCGUGGAAGCGGCAGCGGCCCGUGCGUAAUUACUCCAGCUACACGGACUCGGAGCCCGAGGGCAGCGCCGUCGUCAGCCUCAACGGCGGGCAGAUCGUCAUGAACAACAUGGCGCGCUCGCGAGCGCCCCUCCCAGGGUUCUCAUCGUUUGUAUGACAAGCUCCCACGCAAGCCGUGCACAUGUAACUUACACUGCCCAUUCCUAUUAUAUGUGCUAAUUAUAGUCUCUGAUAUUGUUCUCAGAGGUAUGAACCUACGCGGUAGGAAACAUAACCAGCACAUAUUCUAAUGUAAAUACAUAUCAAGCUUUACGAUAGGUAGUUGAAAUUAGUGAUUCUAGAUAAAUCGUAAUUAAUCUAGUUAAUCAAUUCGAAAUGAAAUUGUUAUUCUACAGCACAGAUCAUAAGUGUCUCACACUCGUAAAUCUGUGCCUAUGACCAAUGUUAUUUAAGAUAAUUUGCCGUUGUUGCGAAGUAUGAGAUCUCGUUAUGUAUGAAUAAAAUUUCAAAUAAAUAUAGGUAAUCAUGUAUUUAGAUGAACGUAUUGUAUCUUCGAAAUAAUAACUAGUAUCAGGAAAAAAUACAAACUAUAAUGUACCUUAACCGGAAAGCAAGCCGAACUUACGAUAAUUCUGAUAAAUAUUAUAAUAUAAUUAUGUUGUUCUAAGGCUUUAGCUUCAUUGCCAUAUAAUGUAUUGAAAGUUAUUUAUAAACCUUACAUACAGCAUUGUUAUGAUAUAUGAAUUAAGUACUAUAUUUAUAAUAAGCAUGUAGUUGUUAAUUGACCGUAGACGAAAUAACGUGAAUUCAUUACUUCCUGGAUAGCACUUUUAUACUAUUACAGAAAAAUAAAACUCAUUUAAAUUUGAUCCAAUGACAAAACAAUAAAUUAGUAUCAAUGUAAGUACUUAAAUUGUUUUACCAGUUUUGUACAUAAUAACAGUUAUAAUUUUCAUAACAGUAUUGUUUUAGCUAUUUUAGUCAUUUAUUACAAUAAGUGAACAAGACUUAAAUUUGCUAUUGCAUAAUUUAACAUUUUAUAUUUUAUGAAUAUAACUUGCAAUUGACUGAUAGUUUUAGAUUAUAACUCCUGUUUAUUGAUGUAAAUAGUAGUAUUAGUUACAUAAGAAAAGGCAUGCAUUUAAUUUGAACAAGCUUAAAUUUGGCACAACUAUUUCAAAAAACUGUGAUUUAUUGUAACUUUCAAUAACUCUUAAUAGAUAUUAAAGUAUACCUACUUAUCCUUUAUAUUAAGUAGUAAUAGAUAUUCUUGUAGAGAAUAUAGUAUGGAACACCGAAUAAAUAUUAAAGCAAUAAAGUAAAUAUAAGAUGCACUUUCCAUAAUAAUGAAGUUCAGUUUAUAUUUUGGAUUUCACUUUUUUGUAUACCUAAGGUUCUACUACGAAUUUUUUACACUCGAAAAUCAGUAGAAUUUUUUAUUAAUCAGGUGCCAUUGACUUUUUGUCUAAAACUUUGUCAUGAAGGUCACUCAAAUUGAAAUACAAUUGUUAUAAUCUUAUAUUUAGACAAAUAUUUUAAUUAAUACAUCCUUUAAUUGA